AUGACCAACUUCGUUCUACCAACACAUCAAGCACUGGCGAGGUAUGUCGAAGGCUACUUUGUCAGCUGGUAUGAGAAUCCCCCAUUUCUUCAUCCACCAACAUUAUCACUGGCCAAUGCGUCCCCGUGCCUAGUCCUCGGUAUUGCAGCCAUAGGUGCUCGUCACCGAUAUCAGCAACAAAAAGUUUCCUCGCUCUACCAGGCCGCCAAAACCAUUGUUCUCCACAACAUUUGUCAAUGGCAAGAUAACGUAUCCAGCCCAGAGGCCAUCACGUCCGAAUAUAUCACUCGUGAUGGCUCCUCCGACUCAGCUCCGGACUUGAUGUCAGCGGAAGCGCAAUGCAGUUACAGUCUAACUCCGAGAGAACUUCUGGAGACCACGCAAGCGCCGCCCAUGCUGGUCGUACUCUCCAGCUGGAAUGAUCGAGCUCUGAUCAGGGAUGCACUGUCACUGGGUUCCGACCUGGCCAUGUUGUUCCGACAGAACGUACUUCGAAUGACGCACAUCGACUCACAUGAUGUAUUAUGGUCGGAGUGGGUGCAUUUUGAAGGUGCUCGUAGGAUCAAAUGGGCAAAUUACUGCUUUCUCAAUCUCCUUUCAACUGUAUACAAUGUUGCACCAAUGAUAAUGAACAAAUUCCACGAGAAGAUUCAGAUUGCUCUUCGACUCUGGCACGAUAAACUCGGUGAUAUCAAGCAAGGGGAGAACACCAAUAAUAGUUCAGAUGGGCGGAUACGAUUUAAUUCCAUGGCAAUGUUUCUCAUUGCUCAUGUUCGCCAUCAUACAGAUAUCGGCUCGAGAUGUCUACUUGAGCAAAGAAAUUUUGCAAAAGUUGCCCGAGACUUCGCGAAUGCACCACUACUACCGCGCACACCUCAGCUUUGCCAAGCAGUAAUGUACACCGCAAAAUCUCUUGGAAACGUGGUACGAACCGGAGUCGAGUUUGUGGCAAAGACUAGAAGCCUCACCUGGAGCAUAGUGCAGUGUCUCUCGAAUCUUGAAUGCGCCCUUUUACUAAGUAAACGGCUACAGACUCUUGCCAUAGCCCAUAAGGAAGGCCAGAUUAUUGAAACUCACGAGCGUAACAUCGUGUCGAUGGUGGUCAAGAGUAUCAUCAAUGAUAUCGAUGGCGAGGAGGUCACUGUACAAGGAGAUGACGACUCGCGGAGCUUGGACAAACUGAGCUCACUGGUUAUCCGGCUAUGGGCAGUAACCUUUGAAGGCAGCCCUGUGCAUGAAAUUACCGGCUUUAUUGGAGAAAGCCUGAAAUUCUACUCGCGACGCUAG